UCCUCUUUUCUCCUUCCUGACUGGGCUCACUUACACUCACCUCACACUGGAGCCUUUUUGCUUCUUGGUAGUGCAGAACAAUGUGGUGUUUUUUUCCCCCAGUGCAUGAAAAGUCAAUGGAUGCAUUUAAAGCGCAGAUGAGUUCUCAGCUGCAGGGACGUAUGGGAAUACUGGAGUAAAAAAGUUGCAAGGAAGAAGAAGAGGAGGAAGAGGAGGAGAGCUGUGCGGCUGGUUUCUUUCCCACACGGAGGUGGAGGUCCGAGGGUGGAGCAAGGGGAAGCUCGAUGCGGCUGACCGGAUCAGGGGACCCUGCUGCACCGGGAGCCAUGAGCAGCAGCGGGUCCGCUAACUUUCUGCUGGUUCCCAUCCCGGAGUACCCCCUGCUGGACUGCGUGCCCAACAAGACGGUGAAGAUCGUGGUGCUGGGAGCCAGCAACGUCGGCAAAACUGCACUCAUCGUCAGGUUCCUCACAAAGCGCUUCAUCGGCGACUAUGAAGCCAACACCGGAGCGCUCUACUCCAGAAAGGUCACACUGGACGGAGAGGAAGUGUCGCUUCAAAUCCAGGACACACCCUGCGUGGCCCUGCAGGACGAUGCUGAAGGCCUCUACUGCCAGGAGCAGAUCAACAGGUCCAUCUACUGGGCCGACGGCUACGUGCUGGUCUUCUCCAUCACCGACCACAGCAGCUAUCGCACCAUCCAGCCUCUGUACCAGCACGUCAGACGCAUCCACCCGUCUGGAAACAUUCCUGUCAUGCUGAUAGGCAACAAGAGCGACCUGCUGAGAGCCCGACAAGUGCCGGCGGAUGAAGGCGAGACGUUAGCGUCCUCUCUAGGGGGUGUUUACUUCGAGGCCUCGGCCAGGGAGAACCAUGAUGGCGUCCACACGGCCUUCCUCCAUCUCUGUCAAGAGGUAUUCCGGGCGUUGGGGGGCGGCAACGGAGAGAAACGCAAAGGAGGCCUCCACCUGGCUCGGCCCAAGUCUCCCAACAUGCAGGAGCUGAAGAGGAGGUUCAGGCAGGUCCUCUCCUCCAAAGUGAAAUCAGCCACCAAUCUCUGAUGCCUCAUGAAUGCCAGCCAAGGAAAAGAAAAAAGGACCCAAGAGUUCCAUUGGGGAAUCAAAGCAAUUGACGGAAAAAGACUCUUUGAGCAUGAUAUGUCGGAGUCAGCCAGACAGAUACAUUUCUGGAAGCCAAGUUCUCCUCUGUGGGUUUUGGACGAAAGCUGUGGGUCGGGACCACCACAUUCCUGGGCAACAAAGUUAACAUGCCACUCAAAGUCAGCUGAGCAGUCACGCUACUUCACAUGUCUACUUUGAGUAUGUUUUUUUUGGACUUCUGUGGAACAAAUGAAGCUGUUUUUUGAAGCUAU